AUGGAUUUCAAGCAAAAACUGCUCGAGGAAAUGAAUCGUAAACGCAAAAAAGUCGCCGAAGUCGAGAAAAAAGACGGCGGCGCGAAAUUCUUCAAACGCGGCGAUUUGGAAGCGCAACGAGAAGCUGAAUAUAUUGCGAAAAAAACGGAAAAAGAAAAACAAAAGGAGAAAUUGAUCGAAUCACUCAAAACUGAUGCAAUUUCGAUGAAGUCGGCAUUAGUUGAGCGCGAAGUCGAUGAACGAACGCCAAUGGAAGACGUCCGACGAAAAUUGCGUGCUCGCGGUCAUCCAAUUCUGCUUUUCGGCGAAACCGAGAAGGACGUGAGAAAACGGCUGAGAGCCCUUGAGCUGGAGCAGCCCGAUAUGAAAGAAGGAUGGUCGAACGAGCUGCAGACGGCGAUGAAGGAUAUCAACACACAAAUCGAUAAGGAUAUUGUCGAGGGCAAUGCGGAGAGCACGUCGAAGCACGAUGUAGCGCUUCCAUCGGGCUACGAUGGAAAUUGGGCGAAAAUCGAGCACGAUUCGAAAAUGCUCACAGUUGGCGAUGAUAUGAAACGAGAAUGCGAUAUAAUUCUUUCGAUAAUUCGAUAUUUAUUGGCGCGUUGGGGAAAAGAUUUGAACGAUCGGCCGAUUGAAGUCAAAAAAACGGCACAAGGAAUGCUGGAAGCUGCUCAUCACAAACAAACAACAAUGCAUUUGAAAUCAUUGACGAAUUCAUUGGAAACUUACAAUGUCAACAACGAUAUUCGUCAUCAUUUGGCCAAAAUUUGCCGACUUUUGGUGAUCGACCGAAACUAUUUGGAAGCGAACAACGCUUAUAUGGAAAUGGCCAUCGGAAAUGCGCCGUGGCCCGUCGGUGUCACCCGAUCUGGUAUCCAUCAACGUCCGGGAUCGGCAAAAGCCUAUGUUUCGAAUAUUGCGCAUGUGCUCAAUGAUGAAACACAAAGAAAAUACAUUCAGGCGUUCAAACGUCUAAUGACCAAAAUGCAAGAAUAUUUUCCGACGGACCCUUCAAAAUGCGUUGAGUUCGUCAAAAAACCGGCACAAUCUUAA